AUGGGUCAACCACAUUUUAUGAAAUGGAUUGUCGCGUCUCUUUUAUUGUUCAUUGGAUACGUACACGCUAAUACAGAGUCAAUUUUGUAUAGAGUUCCCCAUGAUUUUCCACUCUCCAAGUCGAGAGAAAAUGUUAUUUUUGAAAAGGAUACUAAAAUGACACCUUCAAUAUCACUGUUGGGCGAAACAAUGGGCCAAACCACUGUUAACAUCAAUACCACUAAUUUGCAGUUGCAUAACACUACUUAUAUUGAAUUAACAGGUUUACAGCGAGAUGAAACAUACCAAAUUAAAGUAUGUUGGUCAGCCAUACACCCAAUUUCUAUUAUUAAUCUUCAGACGGUCAUUAUACCGCGUUUCACUGAAUUUCAGCAAACAACAUCGGAUUAUGCAAGGGUAGUAGUGAAAUUCCUGACGUUGACCGAUUCAUAUCCCAAUGAGCAUACCAUGGUUCCAAUACAAAUUUCACUAGUCACCACUCGGCUAGGCAUCCCUGUGGAUAUCUAUCCGACGUUGGUCAUCAUAGUUCUAUUGGUGGUUGGUCUUAUUAUUACCCGGGCACCACGCGUAUUGAACGACGUUUUGCUGAAAUUUUAA